AUGGUUUAUCCAGUCCUUUUCCAGUACAACGAAAACGAAAUCAAACUUGAGUUUGAUCAAGCUGAGUGGGUAGAUCUGUCCGAAUAUGCACCAUCUUCUAUAUGGGACGUGAUGGAUGCACCUGCGUCAUUAGUAAACAAGCGUAGCCGUAUUGAGUUUCAAGUCAGAAUACGAAGGAAAACCUUGUUCUACACUGUAGUCCUCAUUAUUCCAACAGUACUUAUGGCUUUCCUGAGAGAAAAAAUGACGCUCACUAUUUCCGUCUUACUGUCUAUUGUUGUGUUUCUGUUGCUUGUAUCGAAGAUCCUCCCGCCAACAUCUAGCACCAUUCCGCUCAUGGCAAAGUAGGC